GCACCUCCGUGGAAACCCACUCGUGGAACCCCAAUCCUCGCAUUAACAACAUGGUCAGCUCCUGCUGUGGCUCCAUCUGUUCUGAGGAGGGAUGUGGCCAAGGCCUCUGCCAGGAGACCUGCUGCCGCCCCAGCUGCUGCCAGACCACCUGCUGCAGGACCACCUGCUACCGCCCCAGGUGCUGUGAGUCCAGCUGCUGCAGACCCCAGUGCUGCCAGUCUGAGUGUUGCCAGCCCAGCUGUUGCCAACCCAGAUGCUGCAUCUCCAGCUGCUGCCGCCCCCAGUGCUGCCAGCCCAUCUGCUGCCAGCCCACCUGCUACCGCCCCAGGUGCUGUGAGUCCAGCUGCUGCAGACCCCAGUGCUGCCAGUCCGUGUGCUGCCAGCCCACCUGCUGCCGUCCCAGGUGCUGUGAGUCCAUCAGCUGCAGACCCCAGUGCUGCCACUCUGAGUGUUGCCAGCCCACUUGCUGCAUUUCUAGCUGCUGCCGUCCCAGAUGCUGUGAUUCCAGCUCCUGUGGCUCCAGCUGCUGCCGCACCUGCCUCUGCCAGGAGACCUGCUGCCGCCCCAGCUGCUGCCAGACCACCUGCUGCAGGACCACCUGCUACCGCCCCAGGUGCUGUGAGUCCAGCUGCUGCAGACCCCAGUGCUGCCAGUCCGUGUGCUGCCAGCCCACCUGCUGCCGCCCCAGGUGCUAUGAGUCCAUCAGCUGCAGACCCCAGUGCUGCCAGUCUGUGUGCUGCCAGCCCACCUGCUGCCACCCCAGCUGCUGCAUCUCCAGCUGCCAGCCCAUCUGCUGCCGCCCCAGGUGCUGUGAGUCCAGCUGCUGCCGCCCCAGAUGCUGCAUCUCCAGCUGCCAGCCCAUCUGCUGCCACCCCAGGUGCUGUGAGUCCAGCUGCUGCCGCCCCAGAUGCUGUCUGCGCCCAGUCUGUGGCCAGGUCUCCUGCCACACCACUUGCUAUCGCCCCACCUAUGUCAUCUCAACCUGCCCCCGCCCCAUGUGCUGUGCCUCCUCUUGCUGCUAAUGCCCUGUGGCCACCAUCUCUAUUACCCUCCGACUUCACAGAUAUAGACCCACCUACUGUGCUGACUCUUAGGAUACAUGGAGUGGGGUUGAUGUUACUCAAAUAAAUUGGGCUUCGUGAUGCCAGUGAGGAAGCCGCCCAUGCCACUGAAGAAGAUGGGUAUGGCCAGGAGCACUUCUAUAGUAACAGAUUUUACCCUCCCACCUGACCAUCGUAAAUCAUCCUGCUAACUUCCUUUUUAUAGGACUUUUCUGUAACCUAGUCUAUUUCUGUGCUAAAAUAAAGUUAUCUUUCCCUGUAUUAAAAAAA